AUGGUUGAAAGAGGGAACAAAAAAGUUCAUCACGCUUCUGCAUCCCAAACACUAACUGCUUGUGCUGUCGAUGUAACUAAUGUCAUUUCAAAAUUGAAUGUUAAACAUCAGGUAUUCGAUCUCAUGAGGGCUGAUGAUAUUUCUCUCGUCGCAAAGAAGGACCUCCUUAUAGUGCAUUUUGGGGAAUCAUAUCUGAAAAAACAUAGAAGAGAACGAAUGGUAUACGCAUGCAGCAGCCGAAUGAGAGAACUAUCACGUUUUCUCAUCGUUUUCCGAAGAAUUUCCGGGGACAAAGAUGUAUCACUGAAAGAAAUACUGACGCCGAGGAAAUUCGGUACAGCUCUCAGUGUUGUUCGAGAGAUCGCAGGAUACGAUCCCGUUAAAAAAACAUUUAAAACUCCUAGCCUUGCCAUGCACUUGGGGACAUCUUUAAAACACGUGUGCAAUGAAUUACGGCAAUUAGUACUGCAAGAGUCUGAGGGUUUCAGAUGUCCAUCGGGUAUUUCCACUAAAGAGUGGAUAGAAGAUAUAAGGAAUUUCACCAAAUUGAUUGAGACUCGUUGGACUAUCGAAUUAGCCUCGUUAGCCAACAAGGACUUGCAGGAAAAAAAAUGGAAUAAGCCAUUGUUAAUCCCCUUGGUAGACGAUAUUAUGAUAUUCAAGGAUGAGACUUUAAAACUUGCCGAGGAAUGUGUGUUAACUUUCAACCAAAACACUGAUAAUGCACAAACCUAUAAGACGUUAGUACACUGUACUUUGGCUCUGCUCAUUUUAUUCAACAGGAGAAGAAUAGGCGAUGUUCAAUUUCUAAAGAUAAAUGAUUACAGGAUCGAUCGAAAAACUGAAUCAAUUGAUUUUAAGAAUCUCUUAACAGAAUCAGAAAAACUCUUGACCAAAGAAUAUAAAAGGGUAGUGAAUUGCGGAAAAGGUUCAAGAGCAGUUGUGAUACUAGUACCUCAAAUUAUUCAAACAUUCAUCAACCUCCUACUCGAACGUCGGGUCAAAUACAUUUCUCCUGAUAAUGAUUAUGUGUUUGCUUUACCUGGCAGUACAGUGAAAUGGGGCAAAGGAGAUGUCGCUUUUAGGACUUUGACCAAAAAAAUGAAUUUGAAGCAUCCAGAGGCUAUUGGUAGCAACCGAUUGAGAAAACAUAUUGCUACUGUGAUGCAGAUCCUCAACCUAUCCAAACACGAGAAAAAACAAUUUUCAAAUUUCAUGGGACACACCGAGAAAACCCACGAAGAAUUUUAUGAGUGA